AUGUGGAGCAAGAUCAUCGCUAUCUACAUCGUCGCUGCUUGGCUUUGCCUCGUCAACGCCCUCGCAACAGACAGGCCUCAGAUCGGCAAAUCGCAAGUGUGUGUUCUGUCAUCGACUUUGAUGAAUGGACAUCAAAAGGAGCUUGCCUUUGGCCUUUUCUACGACACAAGCAAGGAACAGUACAGCAAGCUCACCACAUUUGCAAGCCACAAGCCAGUCGUUGAGGGGAAAACUUCCAUCAUCAUCAUCUUCACUUAUUCUUACGAUGGACUGGCGUAUCAGCUCGAGCCAUCACUCGUGGAUGGCGUGGGACUCAAAUCGUGGAGUCUCAAGUGUGGAGGUGCCAUUGUCAAGAAAGCUUAG